GUGCUGAAACCUUGAAAGACCAAGUGUCCUGUCUGGUCUUGCUAAGAACCUGAACCGUGUAUAGUGUAGGUGCUUGGGCCAUCACUCAAGGGUCAUGAAAAUGCCUGACGUACAAACUUAACACUGACGUCCGACAAACACUUCACGGGACGUUCACAUGACAUCACCACCUUUUGCAACUGUUUUCCCCCGUGGUAAGGUGAUAAGAGAGCCACAAUUGUGUUUGAUACUCAUUAGGAGAAUUUCGCUCUCAUUAUUGACCAAGUGAGAACGAUUGUAUCAUGUCUGGAACUGGAAAAACCAUUUUCGUCACUGGAGGUGGUGGAUACGUGGCCUCCCAUUGUAUUGUGGGUCUUCUCGAAGAAGAUUUCAAUGUGAUCGCCGUGGACAACUUUGUAAAUUGCAUCAAAGAUCAAUCUGGUACGGCUGAUAUCAACGGGCAAGGAUCCUUGAUGCCCGAGAGUUUGGUUCGAGUCCAAAAGCUGACUGGCAAGUCCUUGACGUUUUAUGAGGCCGACCUGUGUAACAUUGACUCGUUAAGGUCUGUUUUUACCAAGCACAAGAUUGAUGGAGUCAUUCAUUUCGCGGCGUUGAAGGCCGUUGGCGAAUCUUGCGCCUUACCCUUGAAGUAUUACGGGAACAAUGUCAUGGGUAGUUCAAAUCUCAUGGAGGUAAUGAUGGAGUUUGGUGUGAAGAAGAUUGUCUUUUCCUCGUCCGCCACCGUCUACGGAAGUCCCGAGUAUCUUCCAUUAGAUGAGAAGCACCCCACUGGCAAAUGCACAAACCCCUACGGAAAGACCAAAUUCUUUAUGGAAGAAAUCAUGAAGGACGUCUGCGCCGCCAAUAACGAUUGGGGUUGCAUGCUCCUUCGUUACUUCAAUCCGGUUGGAGCCCACCCCUCCGGUGACAUUGGAGAGGAUCCUCAAGGCGUGCCCAAUAAUCUGAUGCCUUAUAUCGCCCAAGUGGCAGUGGGACGUCGGGAGAAACUGAUGGUCUACGGACACGACUACGAUACUCCCGAUGGAACCGGUGUCCGGGACUACAUUCACGUCAUGGACAUUGCCGAUGGUCACGUGGCCGCUGCCAGAGCCCUGGUUCAUCCCGAAUUUCUUGGAGUCAAGAUCUAUAAUUUGGGCACAGGGAAAGGAGCAUCUGUUCUGGACGUGGUGAAAGCCUUUGAAGAGGCCUCAGGCCAAAAGGUGCCUUAUGAGCUCUGUCCUCGACGUGCAGGUGACGUAGGCUCUUCAUAUGCCACGUGUGAGCUGGUGUACAAGGAGUUGGGUUGGAAAGCCAAGCUAUCUCUCUACGACAUGUGCAAAGAUAUGUGGACUUGGCAAUCCAAAAACGCCAAGGGAUACCGAAAAGACUAGUCCUAUCCAUGAAGAUGGAAUCGCAAACUUUAUUUCAUCGAACACAAAUAAAGUACUUACAAACGAAACCGGGCCAUAAAUAUCAGGGAUAUUUACUUAAAUGUGGCGAAGCUUCAAUGAAACAUUCGUCCAUAGUCCAUAUUGCAAGCCAGAUCAUGAAAUAAAAGUAGAGCAAGG